AUGAAUCGAAGGUUCACUGGUAACGGGUCGGAUGACCAAUUCUCGAAACAAUCGCCUUGGAAUCCGAACAUGUCGUUCCCGAGUAAGAACCGGGAUGCGGAGGUUGAAGGAGAGUUACCGAGAGGCAAUACUUCGUCGUUCCCGCAAUACGACCAGUUCAAUAUGGGCUCCUACGGUACCUAUGCGAAUGUCCAGGGUAAUUCAGGCUCACAGCCUGCGCACUAUGGAAAUUUACUGCCUCCGCAACCACCGAACCAGUCCCCGACUGCCUUCGGCGCGUUCAGCGUUCCACUAUGGAAUCCCCCCCACCCAGGUCCUAAUGCCAUGCCGACAAUGCCCUCUUUCAAUCCUAUGCUUUUUUCCUCCAUGAUGGGAACCCCAAUGAACAUGAACCCGUUUCUCAUGUCUCCCUACCAACAAAUGGGCUCUUUCCAGCCCAUGAGCACGACGGCUGUUUCGACCCCGGAGCCUUCGGGGCCGCCGCCUGUCAAGGUCCCUACCCCAGACCAGGGCUACCUAGCACAGGCAUCACUGCCUCCCCAAAAGUGCAACUCGCCACGUCCCCUUCUAGUCAUCCUGGAUCUCAACGGCACCCUCAUCUACCGGAAAGCGCGCAAGUUUCCUCCGUCAUUUGCUCGGCGAGAUGGUCUGGAUCGCUUCCUGGAACUGCUGUUGAAGAAACACACGGUUAUGAUCUGGUCCAGCUCACAACCUCAGACUGUACGGGCGGUCUGCGACAAAUUAUUCCCGGGCAAGAAGCGGAAAGCGCUUGCAGCAGAAUGGGGACGCGACAAGUUCAACCUCAGCCGUGCGCAAUAUAACAACAAGAUUCAGGUCUAUAAAAAGUUGGAAAUGGUGUGGGGGGACCCAACUAUCCAAAUCCAAUACCCGAGGGAGACUCUUGACAGUGACACUUUGCCCAUCGACAGUAACCCAACAACGAAACCGCCUUCAGCGGGGAGCUCCUCGAACAAAGCUCACCUGACUCAAAGCAAGAUGCGAGAGGAACAACAGAGAUUCCUCACCCAUCUCCCCGUGGGUCAAAGAUGGGACCAAAGCAAUACAGUCCUAAUUGACGACAGCAAGUUGAAAGCUUCCAAAGAACCGUACAACAUCCUCGAGAUCCCGGAAUUCAUGAAUAACCCAAACAUCGAUGAAUCGCGGCUUUUUGCUAAGGUCCUCGGUGCAUUGGAUGCAUUAUCGCGCCACGACGAUGUCAGCAAAGUCCUCCGAGUCUGGAACGAGCAGAUGCUCGAAGACCAAGGGAUCUUGGAGUUGAAAGCAGUGGAAGAGGAUCCAAGUUUCUGGGAAACAGAGAAAGCCUUGGAGGAAGAGGACGAUGAGGAUGAUGACGGCGGCGCUGCCCUCUUUACCGAUUCCCACGGACUUCCCACCACUGACUCUAUGGACGCUCGCUCCCGUCAGAAAUUGCGUGCCAAGGAACGCAAGAAGGAGCGGAAGGGUGCUGCGUUAGUGGCGGAUACAGAGAAAACGGGCGAUUCUGCCGCAUCUCUGCAAAAGCAGCAGGACAGGAAGGCCGCGAAAAGGGAGAAGAAGCGCCUCAAAAAGGCUGCUGCCAGAGAAGCGAAGUCUUUGGCCGCCAAAGCAGUGCCUGCUUCCCUCCCCAAACGAGCAAAGAAAGUCAAAAAUGAGCGAGCUGUUAUGGUCACGAAGGAAUCCAAGCGCAAAAUGAAAGCCGAUCGCAUGUAUGAUGAUCGGAAAAACGCAACGCUUGCUGAAUCUGAAUUUGCCACUGCAUCACCGCAAUUUUCAGGCGGAAUCUCGUCAAAUACCUCUCAGGGACAAUCUCCUAGUGCAUCGCCGCUCCUUGCUGGCCGGCUUCUGCCAGAAAAUAUACCUCGAAGACAAACUCGCUCAAUAUCAUCAGUUUCCUACUCUUCCGGAUCGGAGAAUGAGCUUCUUGACCGGUUGGAGGAGUCGUUUGGGUUCACGAAAACAAAGAGCGACCAGGCUUGA